UUUCUCCUCUGUUGCUGCACAGUCAUAGCUCCCAGCUAUAGGGUGUCACAGAGGCUGCCACAUCCCCUUCGUGUGGUCACAGAUUCACCGGCGGGCUUCUCAGAAACCCUCCUGCCGCAGUUGCUGUGAUCGGGGCCCAUGGUUUGUCUUCCCACCCUGCUCACAGCUGGGCCACCCUGAGAAAGAUCAAAAGACCAUGUUCCCACCCACCACCCAGAGCAGUUGCUGUCACACACGGCCCCCAGCACAGAGACACGGGCAGGGAGCUGAGCGAUGAUGGGCCCAGAUGAGUAAGAGCCCCAGAUGUGCCCAGCUGUGAGCCAGCACCCGGAGCAACCCUGGAUCCUGCAGGACGCAUCCCCACACCGGGGUCUUCUCUGUCCAUCAUCCAUCCAGCUGUGCAGGCACCCAGUUGCUGGGCUGACGCACGGCCUGUCUUUCCCCGCAGCCUGUGAGGUCAGCUGUGGUUGAACAGAGUCUGAACCUGCUACUCAGAUGAGUGCGUAUACGUGACCUGCAGGUUUCCUGCUGGGUCUAUAAAUCACCUAGGACUGAGGCAGAUGCACCAUCCCCUUCCCCAGAUGGCUCUGAUAAUGCAGUUUCUUCUCCUGCUCCCCAUGGCUUUUUUCCUGCCUCCUGGGGCUCUGGCUGGGUGGAUCACUGGGGGAAAGGAAGCCCGGUCUCACUCCAAACCCUACAUGGCUUUCCUCAACAUCAGCAUGAAGCAUAGGCACAAAAGGUGUGGAGGAUUCCUGAUCCAAAAGGACUUUGUGCUGACGGCUGCGCACUGUGACCUAGGAAAAAUCGUGGUGUAUCUGGGAGCUCACAAUGUGACCAAGCGGGAGCGGAGCCAGCAACGCCUGGCCCUCCGAAGGAAAAUCCCCCACCCGAAAUACAACAACAAGACAUGGGAGAAUGAUCUCAUGUUACUACAGGGCGAUUCCGGGGGCCCUCUGGUCUGUGACGGGACGGCCCAGGGCAUCGUCUCUUUUGGCAAAGAUGACGGGUCCCCCCCCAGGGUGUUCACCAGGGUCUCAGCGUACGUCCCCUGGAUCAAGAAAACAAUGAGAAAGCUGUAGGAUUAACCUUAGACAAGCACCUUCUUUGCUCUCUGCCUCAGUUUCCCAGCUGUAAAAGGAGUGUUACAAUCCUCACUUAGCUCCCAAGUGAUAAAUCCAUACAGCUAUGUAUGGAGCCCAGUUACUAUGGUGAUGGGCUCAUGGUAAAGCCAAUCAAUAAAUAGUGUCUUCUUGGUGUUUCCUGUUGCACAUUAUUUUAAAACCUUAAACAGGCCCCAUCAGUCAUUGGAGG